AUCGGCAGGUGCCAAAUCCAUGGAGCGUGGGCAUCACCACGCACGCACGCACCCGCAAUUUCGCGGCCAUGCUGUGACGCUCUGGUCAAUCAUCGUCAUCGUCAGAAGUAUCAAUUCUUUCUCCAUAGACAUUUCACCACGAUUUCUGUCAUCCUUUUGGCAUUUUUACCGCCCUUUAGCCAAAUGACACUGACCCACUGCUCUCCUGCUUUACGACUGUCGGUGGAAUGACUAAAUUUCCUGAGGAUUUUAUUUAAGACUCCCCAUUCAUUCUCGCCCUGAAACAGUAUAGAAAAGGGUUGCAGCGACGCCGGCAUUCGCCACGGCGGCUUUCAGGUGGUCGGUGGUGGCUGCGCCUGCAUGAUUGCCACAGUCAGAAGCAUUACUUGUCCAAGAAGUGGAUGUCCUAGCAGAAGUGUGGCAAACAGUAGACCAUGGACCAGAAGAAUUGGCUGUGGAGAAAAAAAUCCUCAGAGAAAAGAAUAAUUGCAAAUGACAAAGCUGAUCUUGCCAUUAAAGACAACGAUGAGGAGGUUCAGAUCCUUCAGAAUGAAAAGGAAAAAGUUCUGGAGGAAUCGGUGAGAAGCCUCGAUGAGAAGUUAGCAUCUGCUCUCAAUGAGUGCAACGCUAAAGAUGAAUUAGUCACAAAGUUCACAAAAAUGGCGGAAGAAGCCAUGGCAGCUCACAAGAAAGCGGAGGCUGAAAUUAUGUGUUUGAAGGAAGAGUUAGAAGAAUCUGUAAAGCAGAGAGAGGCUGCAAAUGGAAGGCUAACUCACCUUAACAGUGCAUUGAAGGAUUGUAUGCAGAAAUUAACUUUCACCAGAGAAGAAAUGGAGCAAAGAGUACGCGAUGCUGUAAUGAGGACGUCAGAAGAAUUCGGGAAGACUCAUAAUAUGUUGGAGGACAAGUUGGUAGAAACAAAUAAGAAGGUUGCAAAUUUAACCGUUGAGAAUUCUCAUCUUAGUAAGGUUCUCCUCGUGAAAGGGAAGAUAAUUGAUGAUCUUACUGAAAGCAAUUCUCAGGCAGAAGCAGAAUUUAAUGCUCUGAUGUCAAGAUUAGAUUCUGCAGAAAAAGAAAAUGCUUUCUUAAGGUACGAAUUCCGGAUGCUUGAGACAGAGCUUCAUAAUCGAAAUGAGGAGAUGGAGUUUAUUCGCCGCUCUGCAGACGCCUCACAUAAACAACAGCUAGAAAAUGUGAAGAAAAUAAAGAGGCUGGAAGCAGAAUGUCAAAGGCUUCGUGUUCUGGUGAGAAAACGGAUGCCUGGGCAGAGUCAGUCUGUUUUGACAAAAUUGAAGAGAGAAAUUGAAUUGGAGGAAAGAAAUCGGAUUGAGACGAGGAGAAACAUGAAUCCCACAUCUGGCAGUGUAGUUGUUAAAGACACCUACCUAGGAAACAAUGAUCCCGACAUUCUCAGGAAAGAGAUAAGUUUCUUGGUGGAAAAUCUUUGCAAUGUGGAAGAAGAAAACAAAAAUUUGAAAUUAGUUUUAGCACAGAAAGGAACCGAGAUCCCACAUUCUGGAAAAGCUUGGGAUCAACCUGAAGAGCUUUCUAGAGCUAAGGGUUCUAAAGAGCUGGCUGUUUAUGGACCUAUAUCAAAUGAUAUCUCCUCCAUAUCAAGCCAUGACACGAAGAAGGAGCAUGAAAACGUUUCUUCUGAAUCUUGGGCUUGUGCUUUGAUAUCUGAACUAGAGCAUUUCAAGAAUCAUAAGGACCAGAAGAGUAACUCUGAACAGAAAAUGAUUGGAGUUUCAGAGAUGAGGCUAAUGGAUGAUUUUGUUGAAAUGGAAAAACUAGCAAUAGUAGCAGUGGAUGGCCCGCUUGGGAGUUCCCAAGCUUCUUCAGAAGUGAAUCUCGCAUUAUCAGACUCCUCCAAAAGAAACGAGCAUGAGAAUCAUGUGGACUUGACAGGUAAAGAAUUAGUUCAAGUAAAACAAGGAGAUCUCAGUGACUUGGACCGGGAAAAAGGGAAAGAUGGCUGGAUUGAACAUGUGCUGAAGGUAAUCAUUGAGCAAAGCAGUAUUUCAAAAAGAGACGUUUAUGAACUUCUAGAAGACGUCAGAGUGGCUUGGCAUAACCUCAACUUUCCACACACCAGCGAAGGCAACAAGUCAGUAAGCUCCAUGCAGCCUAUUAGCGGCUAUAUUGCUUGGAGGUCUCCGGUAACAUCUCCAAAAGCCAAUUCAAUCAGCAGUGUUCCUGUUACCAACUCAUCUGUGGAGCAAAGAAGUGACGAAUACGCAUCUGUUUCAAAAAUUGUUGAGCUGGUCAAGAGAUUUUCAGAGGGCUGUAAUAUGGUGGAGACAGAACAUGGCAGGACAGAAACUCAGGAGCCGAUAAUAGCAAAUGACUAUUUGCUUCAUGUUUUCAGGUGGAGAAAUUCCGAACUUAAAACUGUAUUGCAGCAAUUCCUGCAUAUAUGCUGCAGUCUGCUGGAUGGAAAAAUUAAUUUCGUAGAGUUUUCUGUGGGACUGACUGCCACAUUGGAUUGGAUUGUGAACAACUGUAUGCGUUAUCAAGGUUCUAGUAUUAGAGAUGAGUUUAUAAAGCAUUUUGGUCCAAGAGGAUUAGGAACUGUGACUGAUAUAAGAGCCUUGCAAAAUUUUAUGUUUGAAAUGGAGAAGAUUCAUUCCAUUAUUCAAGCAGAAAAUGAAGGCUUGAAGGCUGAGUUGAAUGUGAUGAGAUCCUCACAGAAAGAUCUCGAGGCAAGGCAGCAGCUGGAGAGAGACAAGAUCGAAGCCUUGGCAAGUGAUCUUCAACAAUCACAACGAAGCAUUGAAAGUCUACACACUGAAAUUGAAACUUUAAACGAAUCUAACAGAAUGAUGGAGGAUAUGAUUGAAAAUCAGAAGUCAAUAAAUGAAGAACUUGAUACACAGCUUAGUGUGACCAAAGUUAAAUUGAAUGAAUCCCUCCAAAAGAUGUCUUCGCUUGAGGUGGAACUUGAGGAUAAAACUCACUGUUUUGAAGACCUUGAAGGAACAUGUCUUGAGCUCCAACUUCAACUCGAAAGCAUUAACAGCACCAAGAUUCCAGAUGAGGACAUGGAAAAAGAGCGACAGAUACAGCAGACUGGUUGGGAGAUAACAGCCGCUUCUAUGAAGUUGGCAGAGUGCCAAGAGACUAUCCUAAACCUCGGGAGGCAGCUAAAGGCACUGACUUUGUCGGAGGAAGAGCCAGUAGUUGUUGAUAGACAAUUAUGCCCCUCCGCUUCCAACAAUAAGACUGUGAAACACCAUGUAUCUCUACUUGAUCAAAUGCUAUUUGAGGAUGGAACUAAAAAGGGAACUCUUAAAUCUCCCACGAAAAAAGAUGCCUUGAACAUCCCCAUUGCAGAUACACUUUCUGUUGCCCAGCCUAACAGUUGCAAUGCAAUUUGUGCUUUCAAAGGCACACCUUCUGGAUCAUAUCGUGGCUUGAGUAGCGGAUCUAAAAAUGCAAAAGCGGGCACUUUGGUUAUCUUGUCAGGCCGGAAGAAGGGAGGAGGGAUGGGGUUUCUGAGAAAGCUAUUGCUUAGGAAGAAGAAAGGAAGCCACAAGAAAACGUCCUAUUCCUUGCCAGUGUAAGACUUGGCAAUAAACCAGGUUUUGACUCUCAAUAUCAGGUCCUAUUCCUUAGUAUGAUGGUUGAGAAUGUAUAUAGUCUCCAAUUUGGCAUGUAAUGUUUUCAGACGGCUUUAAUAAUUUGCCUUGUACAACUAGCAGUGCAUUUAUGCGUUAUUGCUUUAUAGCACCCUUAUUAUUUGCCCAAAA